AUGGUCGUUGGCAUGGCUGAGGAUGGUCAGUCCGGUAAUGGUGUAGCACAGCAGCAGCAGAACGAUCAAAAGGAUGAGCAGAAUCGGCGUCCACCGUACACGAUGCAUGGCGUGCUGCACUUCUUGCAACACGAAUGGAGCAAAUAUGAAAUGGAAAAGGCAAAAUGGGAAAUGGAACGAGCAGAAAUGCAGGCACGAAUAAGCUUUUUGCAAGGAGAACGGAAAGGACAGGAGAAUUUGAAAGCUGAUUUGAUUCGGAGAAUAAAAAUGUUAGAGUACUGUCUUAAACAAGAAAGAGCUAAGAAUUAUCGAUUAACACACAAUGGCGAAGAUCCCCCUGAAUAUGAAGAAACGGAAAAUGAAGCUGCAAAUGAAGCAACUGUUCCUAAUGAAGUCGAUGCUUAUGCAGCAGAAGGAGGAAGUGCGUUGGGUUGGAAACAAGGACGUCAACUUCUUAAGCAAUACCUCCAGGAGAUUGGCUACAGCGAACAGAUACUUGAUGUCCGCGCUUUUCGUGUCAAAAAUCUGUUGGGGUUGAUUCCUCAGGUU